AUGUCUUCACGCUUGCCAGAUCGAUCAGACUCAAGGCGCCGAUCGCGUUCCCCGUCCGACUGGCGCCAGUCCCAAAGACCUCCCCGCGGCGAUAACAGAGAAUGGCGCGAUCGCCAGGACUCGCACUCUAACCAACAGCCACGGAAUAUGCGUGAUCAGUUGCGCAUCAACCAGAUCCAAGAGGAUGAACAAGAGCGCCAGUGGGUGGCGCAGGAGGAUAUCUUUGUGUUGAAGCAGGCUAAGAAGAAGGCUGAGAUCCGAGUAAAAGAGGGUCGCGCGAAGCCCAUCGACUGGUUGACCGUUACGUUGCGGUUUAUCGACCCGACUCGUAACCCUCUGGACGACGAAAUCGAUGAUUCGGAGCUUGAUGUGGUGGAUCCUGAUGGAGUGUUUGAGGGACUAGAGCAGUCUCAGCUAGAGGAUCUAGAGCACGAUAUUGAGACUUUUGUUAAGCUGGAGACGAACCCACGGAACCGAGAUUAUUGGCAGACUAUGAAAGUCAUUUGUCGAGAUCGCCUAAAAACCAAUGCGCCGGAAGGACGUACACUCAGUUCCGUCGCCGCCGAUAUCAAUAGGCUUCUUAGCCCGAAGACAUAUGAACAGUUACAAGGCCUGGAGGUCCAGGUGAAGAGGAAGCUGAACUCGGACGAGCCUAUUGAUACGGAUUACUGGGAGGAGCUGCUGCGCAGCUUGACAGUUUGGAAGGCUCGUGCACGAUUGAGAAACGUCUACCAGGCAGUCAUCGAUGAGCGUGUUUGUGAUCUCAGGAAACAGCAGAAGGGAGAGGCGGAGACUGUUCGGGAGAAGCUGGCGCCCCUUGCCCCGAUUAUGAGUGGAAACGAUAACGAGCUGGACUCUGUCACAUUCCAAGGAUUAGAUCCCGACCCAUUGCUGCAGGUUCGCUCUGAGGAUAAAGGCCUCGAGAUCAUGGAUGAAUCUGCAUUUCUUCGCCAAGUUGCCCGCGAGCGUCAGAAGAUUAUUCGCAUGGGAUAUGUUCCUCUACGACAACGCGCGGCUGAAAAGUCAAGCGCGGCAGUGAUUAACCCAGAAUCAUCCAACGCUCCUGCGCUUGCUGUGUCUAGUCGCUUUUCCUCGCUCCCCAAUGAUGAUUUCUCACAGGCAACCAAGGCCCUUUACGAACGGGAACUAGCUAAGGGAGUUAGUGAAAACGAGGAGAUAUUUACUGGCGAAGAAGCCGUGAGUACCGCGGCACAACAUCAGUGGGCUAGCAAGCACCGACCUCGAAAGCCACGGUACUUCAACCGUGUUCAGAUGGGCUACGAAUGGAACAAAUACAACCAAACCCAUUACGACCAUGAUAAUCCGCCACCUAAGGUUGUGCAAGGUUACAAGUUCAACAUCUUUUACCCUGACCUGAUCGACAAGACCAAGGCCCCUACAUACCGUAUUGAACGAGAGAAUGGUCGCAAGCGUGGCCAAUCCUUCGCCGCAGCUGGAGAGGAGGAUACUUGUUUGAUCCGCUUCAUGGCAGGACCCCCUUAUGAGGAUAUUGCUUUCCGUAUUGUCGACAAGGAAUGGGAUUAUAGUGCCAAGCGGGAGCGUGGGUUUAAGAGUACAUUUGAUAAGAUCUAUUACCGGAAGUAA